AUGAGCAGUCCCAUGUCUCAACAAACCAUCUCCCACGGCACAGGCGCAGCCCUCCCCACCAUCCAUCCAAUCUGCUGCCCCUCCGCACCUAUCCCAACAUCAGGCCCAACUCCCUACCUAACCUACUUCCUCCGCGCCCUCCACGAACUCAUACAAGAAGACAAACUCCACCACCACCCCCUCUUCCAACCCUUCGUCCGCAGCGCACAGCAAAAACGAAUCUGGCCCCCGCCCUCGCACCGCGUCCUCGCUCUCCAGAUCUGCCAACACGUGUCCUGCAAUACGAAGCGAGAUUCGACGAAUGAGAAGUACUAUAUUUUUCAGUGUGAUAUGGAGGAUGUGAGCGCGAGUGUGGUGCAGCCGGUGAUGGAUGUGAAGAUGGCGGAGAUGUAUCCUGUGGAGGCGUGGAGGGAGGUGGAUUGGGCGGUUGUGGAGCUUUGGUUGAGGCGGGAUGAGGGGGAGCUUUGGAUGGAGAAGGAGGAGAGGAAGGAGGGGAGGGAAGUGUUGUGGUUUUGUAAGGGGUGUGAUGUGCAGGUUUGGUUGAGGGAGUUGGGGGUUGCGAGGGAGUGA